AUGGAUGAGAAUGGAUCUCUCUAUGUCACUGACGUUGGAAAAGCUGAAGUGAGACGAUAUCGAAGAGGAGAAUCUCAAGGAACAGUGGUUGCAGGUGGCAAUGGAAGUGGAAAUCGUCUCGAUCAACUCUCUUCCCCACACUACGUAUUCGUCGAUCGAGAUCAUUCAGUGUACGUGUCUGAUCUGGGAAAUCAUCGUGUGAUGAAAUGGGUGGAAGGUGCAAAACAAGGCAUUGUCGUGGCUGGUGGUCAAGGAGAAGGAAAUGGUCUUACACAAUUGUAUUAUCCUGAAGGAGUCGUUGUUGAUCAAUUGGGCACUGUCUAUGUGGCUGAUUGGGGGAAUCAUCGAAUCAUGCGUUGGCCCAAAGGAGCCACACAGGGAAGUGUCAUUGUUGGUGGAAACGGUCAAGGAGGACAAUCGAACCAACUCAAUGUGCCCAUCGGUUUGUCAUUCGAUCGACACGGCAAUCUCUAUGUCGUCGAGUACGGAAAUCAUCGAGUACAAAAAUUCAAUAUCGAUUCAAAUGCAGAAGAGUGGUUGAAGUGUGUUUGUUUGUAUCUAGAACGAUCAAUCGAAUAA